AUGGAUUAUUUAACAAUUUUAUAUUUAUUUAUUGAUGUAAUCAUCGGUUUAUUACUCAGCCUUUAUGUAAAUAAAUAUUAUUUCAACAACAAUAACAGUAAUAACAAUAAUAACAACAACAACGAUGGUAUCUCCAGCAACAACAAUAACAAUAACAACCACCACCAACACCAAAAUACACCAAUCCACAAUACUGCUCCAAUAGAUAGACUACAAAGUCAACAACAACAACAACCACCAUCACAGCCACUAUCACAAUCAAAAAGCACUGCUUCAACCCCUGGUAUUAGAAAACUAUUUCAAGACCUUGAUGAAUACGAAAGACAACAACAAGAACAAGAAGAAGAGCCAGAACAAGAACAAUCACAACAAUCUCAACAAAGCUCUCAAAACCCACAACAAUUUUCAUAUUCAAGGGGACAAGCUAGCCACUACCCAUCUUUUGAUAGAAAUCAAUCGCGUUAUACUGCCAGUGCUAAUGUUCAACCAACCAAUCAACCACAACGUCCACAACCAUCACACUCAUCAUCAAGUGCUCAGAAUUACCCAACAUUAAAUAGAGCACAUUCUCGUACCGCUGUUGAUGCUCCACAAACAACUCAACCACAACAACAUCCACAACCAACUCAUUCAUCCUCUAGUGCUCAGAGCUAUCCAACAAUAAAUAGAGCACAUUCUCGUUAUACUGCCGGUGCCAAUGUUCCACCAACUGCUCAACCACAACAACAUCCACAACCAACUCACCCAUCCUCAAGUGCUCAGAACUACCCAACAAUAAAUAGAGCACAUUCUCGUUAUACUGCUGCCAAUGUUCCACCAACCACUCAACCACAACAACGUCCACAGCCAACCGAUUCAUCAUCAAGUGCUCAGAACUAUCCAACAUUCAAUAGAGCACAUUCUCGUACCGACGUUGAUGUUCCACCAACCACCCAGCCACAACAAAACCCACAACCAACUCACUCAUCAAGUGCUCAGAGCUACCCAACAUUCAAUAGAGCACAUUCUCGUACUGCUGCCAAUGUUCCACCAACCACUGAACCACAACAACACCCACAACCAACCGAUUCAUCUUCAAGUGCUCAGAACUAUCCAUCAUUUAAUAGAGCACAUUCUCGUAACGCUGUUGAUCCAAAUCCACCAAAUCCAUCACCAGCUUUCAAUUCAACAGGUGUCCCAAUAUCAUCUAGUAACACUCCAAUGAAGAAGAGAUCAUUAGAGUCUGAUGAUGAAGAGUAUUUAGAAAUUAAUAUGGGAGCCAAUAAAAGACAUAGAUAUGAAGAUGAAGAAGAAUUAAAAAGGGUUCAAGAAGAAAAGGAACGUUUAGAGAUCGAAAGAUUGGAAAGGGAAAAGGAAGAAAUGGAUAGAAUAGAAAAAGAACGUGAAGAAAAAGAAAGAUUAGAAAAAAUCGAAGAGGAACGUAUCAAAAAUGAACAAUUAGAAAAGGAAAGAAUGGAAAAGGAACAAAAGGAACAAGAAGAACAACAACAAGAAGAUAAUAAAUGUUACGUUUGCAUGGAAGAUAUGGAGACUGAUAGCAUCGCCACCAUUGAUUGCAAUCACAGAUUCUGUUUUGAUUGCAUGGAUACAUGGCAUAAAAUUAAAAAUACUUGCCCAUUAUGUAGAGCAAGAUUCUAUACAAUUAAAAGAGUCGGUCAUGAUCCAAUAGUAGUAGGCGAUGUUGAAAAUAGAGCCCAUGAACAAGAAUUAGAUUACAAUUUCCUUGAUGAUUCCGAUAAUUCUCAAAAUGAAAAUGAAAAUGAAAAUGAUAAUGAUUCCGAUGAUGAAUUCAGUGGCAACAUGGAUCAACCUAAUUCCAAUUCUUUAUUCCUCAAUAUCAAUACGUUCAAAGUUUCUAAUCUAACGUUAAGAUCAAAUAUUCGAAAACAAAGUUCACGACAAUCUUCAACUCAUUCAGAACCAAAAACCAGAGUCACUUUUCCCUUUAAUGCUAAUCACAAUCCAAUCAGAACCGUAUUCCAGCAGUAUAUACCCCCUCUACAACAAUCAACAAUCACACUCAAAAUCGUAUUCCAGCAGUAUAAACACCCUUUACAACCAUCAGCAAUCUCACUCAAAAUCAUAUUCCAGCAGUAUAAACACCUUUUACAACCAUCAUACAAUCUCGUUAAAAGUAAUAAUAUAGCAAAUAGGUUAACCAACAAUUACAAUCAUUAA